AUGAUCCUUAAAGCAUGUUUUCAUCCCGCUGCUCUGCCUCCUCGAAAGGCAGGUAAGGAAAAGAUCAGAGACCAGGAGAGGUCUAAGGAAUCUGAAAAUAAACAACUGGCUAGAAGGGCAGUGAAAAAGGAGACAGAAAUAUCAAAUGGGACCCUAGUGACCGCGUUCUUCCUCUCAGGUAUUCCCCAUGCACCAGCCCUGGACACCAUGCUCUUUGUAAUCUUCCUGGUGAUUUACAUUCUCACUGUGCUGGGCAACUUCCUCAUCCUGAUGGUGAUCAGGGUGGAUUCCCACCUCCACACACCCAUGUACUGCUUUCUCACCAACCUUUCCUUUAUUGACAUGUGGUUCUCCACAGUCACAGUGCCCAAAAUGCUGAUGACCUUGGUAUCCCCAGAGGGUGGGGCUAUCUCCUUCUACAGUUGUGUGGCACAACUCUACUCCUUCCACUUCCUGGGCAGCACUGAGUGUUUCCUCUACACAGUCAUGUCCUAUGAUCGCUACCUGGCCAUUAGUUACCCACUCAGGUACAGCAGCUUGAUGAGCGGGAGAGUGUGUGCCCUCCUGGCUGCUGGCACCUGGCUCACUGGUUGCCUACACUCUGCUGUCCAGACUUCGCUGAUAUUCCAUUUGCCCUACUGUGGACCCAACCAGAUCCAGCAUUAUUUCUGUGAUGCUCCACCCAUCCUCAAGCUGGCCUGUGCAGACACCGCAGCCAUUGAGAUGGUCAUCUUUGUGAACAUUGGUGUGGUGGCCUCAGGCUGCUUUAUGCUGAUUGUGUUGUCCUAUGUGUCCAUUGUCUGCUCAAUCCUGAGGAUCCGUACUUCAGACGGCCGACACAGGGCUUUCCAGACCUGUGCGUCACACUGCAUCGUGGUCCUAUGCUUCUUUGUGCCUUGUGUUUUCAUCUACCUGAGGCCAGACUCCAGGGAUGCUGUGGAUGGAGUUGUGGCCGUUUUUUACACCGUGCUGACACCUCUGCUCAACCCUGUUGUGUACACUCUGAGGAACAAGGAGGUGAAGAAAGCACUGCUGAAACUCAAAGACAAAGCAACAUUUUCUCAGAGCCAGUAA